AUGGCAGUGGUGGCGGGCGUGGGGUCGCUGGGCGGCGCGGUGUCGGUGGGCGUGGGCAGCUCGCUGCUGCUGGUGUGCGCGUGCGUGGGCGCGCCGCCGCCGCGCACCGUGUGGUACCACCAGCACAACAUCAUCACGCACCACCCCAGGUUCACCAGGAACCACGACGACAGCUUGCUCAUCAACAACAUUGAUCAGUCUCUGAGCGGAAACUACACGUGUCUGGCAAAAAACCUCUACGGAUCGGACUCCGUAGAGUAUCAAGUCAUAGUCCUGCCUCUACCAGAAUCACCAGUACUCAGAGCCACACCUUAUAAAGACUCUAUACUAGUUGAAUGGGAACAACCAUAUUACUCUGUUAGUAACAGAAGUGUUUCACAAAAGAUCACCUACAGCCUCACAUGGAAGGAAGCCAACGGUCCUUGGCGGGAAGCUUGGCCGGCCAAUAAGCUGCCAAACUUGUCUGGCGUCCAAAAGUACGUCCUCACUGAUCUCAAGUGUGGCACCAAAUAUUCAUUGAGGAUCACCGCUACCAACAAAGUUGGCACUUCGCAACCGGCCUAUUUGGACGUCAGUACUUUGGGUGGAGUGCCAAUACCACCGAGCAGCAACGAAUGGUUGUGGAGUAACAGCAGCCACUUGGCGGUGCAGCUGGCGGGCUGGGACGACGGCGGCUGCGCGCUGCGCGCCGUGGAGGUGGACCACCGCCGCCUCGGCGCCAGGCACUGGCUGAGGGCUCCCAACACACAGCAGUUCACCAACUUACCUUCAUGGUCAGUGCCCAGUCUUUAUCAAGCCAAGUCGCCUUACCACACCGGGUCAUUCGUGAUCGCGGACCUCAGCCCCGGCACCUGGUACCAAGUCAGGAUCGCAGCCACUAACGAAGCUGGCACCGUCACCACCACUUAUAGUUACGCUACGAAAAACGAGGACGGAAGUGAAGUUGGACCACCCUCGGAGCUAUUCGACCUGAACAUGUUGGUGAUCGUCUGCAGCUCUAUACUUUUAACAGUGUGCUUGCUGAGCUGCAUUUACAUACUUGUCAAAAGACAAAGAAGUGGAAAUCUAACUGAAUACCGAGACUCCAUAACUGUCGACAACAAAUCAGAGAGUGGGAAUCUCACAGCAAACACAUCUCACACGAACCUGGCUAACGUCAAAGAAAACGCUAUGAACGCACAAAAUAGGAUAUACAGUGCACCUAUACAUCUAAGAAACAACAGCAAACAUGGUGAGAUGGAAAUAUAUAAUAUCAGUAUUUUAAUUUGUGUCUCUAUACCUAUUCAGCGGGGGAAGGAGGCGGUGAAUCCUUCAUUGAAUACCUCACAGCCAACUGCGAGGUUAUGUCAGACUCUUACUGACAAAACACAGCCUUAUACAGUUGGCAGCGUUUGCCCCAUCGACCGGAAACUGUACGAGAUAAGUCCGUACGCGCAAUUCGCUGUUGGAUUCCGAACAUUCGGUCAUGUCGAGAAUCAAGACAUGCCGAAUAGACACAUCAAACACGCCAGAUAUGACACGGAAACAAGUUUCCAGGUGUGUUCCGAAUCAGAAGACAGUGAUAGCGUCUCAAAAUCAACGCUUAAAAGCGUCCCAAGAAGUGAGUUACUAAACACUUGA